GGCGGCCGGCUCAGAAGCGCUGGGGCUGCGGGAGGGAAGAGGCGGCAGCGGCGGCGGCUCCUCGCGCGGGUCCCUCCAUGAGCAGGCGGUGCCGAGGCAGGGAGCGCCGGGGGCUGCCGCGGGACUCGGGCAGAGCAUUGGUUGUGGUGGAGCAGCAGUGAUCCCCAUCGCAGCCGGAACCCCGGGGAAGGGACAGCAUGCGGCCGGAGGAUGUCUGAGGCUGGCUGGGGCAGUUUUCAUACUACUCUGCUUUCUCCGAGCGUUGCCAGAGGAAUGAUUGCUGCGUGGGGUGCCUUCUUUUGCUUUUACCUGGUGGUGACUGUCAGCAGCCUCCCAGAAGCCAGGCUGCCUAUCUCGGACCUAGAAGACAGGAUCACUCGAAAACCAACAGAAUAUCUGGGGAGCGAAACUGCCUUUCUGGAGGAAUUGGUGUUUGGAAGUGGAGAUACCAUUGAACUUUCCUGUAACACCCAGGGCUCUUCUAUGUCAGUUUUCUGGUUCAAAGAUGGCAUUGGGAUUGCACCAACCAACAGAACUCAUAUUGGACAAAAACUGUUGAAGAUCAUUAAUGUGUCAUAUGACGACUCUGGGCUAUACAGUUGCAAGCCACGGCAUUCCAGUGAGGUUCUGGGUAACUUUACAGUCAGAGUAACAGAUUCUCCAUCAUCGGGUGAUGAUGAAGAUGAUGAUGAUGAGUCUGAAGACACAGGUGCUCCUUAUUGGACCCGUUCAGAAAGGAUGGAGAAGAAGCUGCUAGCUGUGCCGGCAGCAAAUACCGUUCGCUUCCGUUGCCCUGCAGCAGGCAACCCCACCCCAUCCAUAUACUGGCUGAAAAAUGGCAAAGAAUUCAAGGGAGAACACCGAAUUGGGGGCAUCAAAUUACGGCAUCAGCAGUGGAGCCUAGUGAUGGAGAGCGUGGUUCCGUCAGACCGAGGGAACUACACGUGCGUUGUAGAGAACAAAUAUGGCAGCAUUAGGCACACUUACCAGCUAGAUGUGUUAGAAAGGUCACCUCACCGGCCUAUCCUCCAGGCAGGACUGCCUGCCAACCAGACUGUUGUGGUAGGGAGUGAUGUCGAAUUCCACUGCAAGGUGUACAGUGAUGCCCAGCCUCACAUCCAGUGGCUGAAACACGUGGAAGUCAACGGCAGUAAAUAUGGAUCCAACGGGACUCCGUAUGUCACAGUGCUCAAGUCUUGGAUCAGUAAAAACGCUGAAGCCGAUGCUAACCUAAAUCUGUUCAAUGUGACAGAACAAGAUGAAGGAGAAUAUCUGUGUAGAGCCAACAAUUUCGUAGGCAUAGCCGAAAAACCAUUUUGGCUCCACAUUCGCAAACCAAAACCAGAGCUAGUGGAGGUGGAUGAUUCUGGCUCUGUUUAUGCUGGCAUCCUCAGCUAUGGGACUGGCUUCGUGCUCUUCAUCCUGGUGGUUGUCAUCGUGAUUAUCUGUAGGAUGAAAAUGCCCAACAAAAAAGCCAUGAACACCCCCACUGUACAGAAAGUCUCCAAAUUUCCUCUCAAGAGACAGGUAACAGUGUCAUUGGAGUCGAACUCUUCCAUGAAUUCCAAUACCCCGCUGGUCAGAAUCACCCGCCUCUCAUCCAGCGAUGGGCCAAUGCUGGCGAACGUCUCGGAGCUCGAACUGCCUGCUGAUCCCAAGUGGGAAUUAACGAGAUCUCGCCUGACUCUGGGGAAACCUCUGGGUGAAGGCUGUUUUGGUCAAGUGGUGAUGGCAGAAGCGAUUGGGAUCGAUAAGGACAAACCAAACAAGGCCAUCACUGUAGCUGUCAAGAUGUUAAAAGAUGACGCUACUGACAAGGAUCUUUCUGACCUGGUGUCCGAAAUGGAAAUGAUGAAGAUGAUUGGGAAACACAAAAAUAUCAUUAACCUCCUAGGCGCCUGCACGCAGGAUGGCCCACUUUAUGUUCUGGUAGAAUAUGCAUCAAAAGGGAACUUGCGGGAAUAUCUCAGGGCUCGUCGGCCACCCGGCAUGGACUAUUCAUUCGACACCUGCAAGCUGCCAGAAGAGCAGUUAACAUUUAAAGAUUUAGUCUCGUGUGCCUACCAGGUGGCCCGUGGCAUGGAAUAUUUGGCAUCUCGGAAAUGCAUUCAUCGAGACUUGGCAGCCAGGAACGUGUUAGUCACUGAAGACAAUGUGAUGAAAAUAGCCGAUUUUGGCCUAGCCAGAGAUGUUCACAACAUCGACUAUUACAAGAAAACAACCAAUGGUCGGCUGCCUGUGAAAUGGAUGGCUCCAGAGGCAUUGUUUGACCGGGUCUACACUCACCAGAGCGAUGUCUGGUCUUUUGGAGUGCUGCUAUGGGAGAUCUUUACGUUGGGUGGGUCUCCAUAUCCGGGAAUUCCAGUUGAGGAACUCUUCAAACUCUUAAAAGAAGGCCAUCGGAUGGACAAGCCAGCAAACUGCACUCAUGACCUGUACAUGAUCAUGAGGGAGUGCUGGCAUGCAGUCCCAUCACAACGGCCAACCUUUAAGCAGCUAGUGGAAGACCUGGAUAGGGUCCUUACUGUAACAUCAACUGAUGAGUAUCUUGACCUCUCCGUGCCAUUCGAGCAGUAUUCCCCUGCCUGCCAGGAGACACAAAGCACCUGCUCUUCGGGAGACGAUUCCGUGUUCGCCCACGACCUUCUGCCAGAUGAGCCAUGUCUUCCCAAACACCAGCAGUGCAAUGGUGUCAUCAGGACAUGAUGACUCCAAAAACACAGACGGACCAUGGAAAAAAAACUCACGAAUGUAGGCUUGGAGGACGCCAAGGACAAACCGUAGUGAAGGAUCUUUGAAUGAAACUGCUUGGUAAUUCAAGAAGUUUUUUUGUUGUUGAGCCGUAGAAGGGUUGUGGGGGUUUGGGGUUAUUUUUUUUUCCCCCAUUUUGCUGUAUAAGAAGUCAAAAAGCACUGUUUGGCCUGAAGGACCUAAUCUCUUGCCAAGAUGAUUAUUUUAUAUAUAUAUAUAUUUUCAAAAAAAAAAAAAAAAGGUUAAAUCUAGGGGUGCUGACCUCUGGACCUCCGGUAAUGUAUUACCGAGUGUCAAAGUUGCCAUUCUGUGCCUGCAAUACAAAGUAGAGGAAAAAAAAAACUAUCGUUUUCUGGGGAGAAGAAGUGUAAAGAAUGUAGAAAUUCUUUGCUUAUGCAAUCUGUACAUGAACCUUUUUGUGAAGCUGAAAAGCCCCAUUGCCUGCAGGGAUUAAUAUAUUUAUAUAAAUAGCUGUAUUUUUGUUGGUUGGGUUUUUUUAUAGUCGCUUGAUCAUUACCCAGCUACUUAGAAUUUUUUUUUCUUCCCCCCCCAAAAAAAGAUUCCCUUCUUUUUUUUUUUUGACAUAGUCAAAAUCUCAAAGGAGUUAAUGGUUUGGUGACAAACAGCGGUUUGACUGUAAUAGAUCAUAACCCACUCCUGCACUAGCGCUGUGGGUGACUGGUGUAUAGAGAAGAGUCCGAACAUUCCAAACGGAAGGGCAGAUGCAUGAAGGUCAUUGUAACCUGUUCAUAGGGAGGAAAGCGUCGAAGUGGUGGGUAUAAAGGUACCACAUGUCUCCAGGGAAUUGCUAAAUAAUUAAAUCACAAGCCAAAUUAGUCUCUGAUCUUGCAUGGGUAGACUGUCCAUCCAGAGCCCCAUUUUCUUCAGGGGGGCUUCAUGUGAAUGCAGUAUUUUGCCAGUGUGCUGGAUGCUGCAGGAUCAGGUUCUAAGAAUGUAAAGCUCAUGCUCUUGAGAUGGAGAUUUGAGUUUUUGGUUUUUGCCUUUAAAAGCCCAAGAGACGCAGCUGUUUCGGUACUUCUCCCCUUUAAAGCUAGCGAGUUGUCUCCAUCCAUACGCAGUGACUUGGAGAGAGAAAUUACGGGUACCUGUAGGCAAGAGCCUUUAACUUAUAUCAAAAAGGUUUAUUCCAGAUAAUUGUGUACAUAUCUAUAAAUAUAUACUGUAUAUAUAUAUAUAUAUAAAAGAAUGUAUAAUACUAAUGCAACAUAAAGCAGUACUGAGAGGGAAAUCUCUCAAAAUAAGAGCAUUGCAAUCUAGGAUAUACUGAUCUGGGCAAAAGAUUUUGUUUUUAUAUCUUCACAGUUUUGUUUUAAAAAUUGUAUCUUAACAUGUAUAUUUGUAAAUUUAUUUAUAGACAUUAACAUAUCUGUUCAUUGGUUGAAAUAGCAUAGCAUUACUGUAAACUUUAAAAUUUACUGCGUUUAAGUUCUUUAACUUAUUAAAUAUGGAGAAAAAUAUAUUAAUCAAGUUUUUCUUUUGUGUUUACGGGAAAUAUUGAGAGAAUGUAUAGAUGUACAGUCCUUUAACAAAUUACAUUUAAUGUUAUAAAUAUAUUCAUUUUAAAAAAAAUUAGUUUAUCCUGGAUUGCAGUGAGCAAAGGUAAGUUUAUUUUGCAAUACAUCAUCAGUGGUUAAAUCCAAACAAAUAACAGAGAGAUGAUUUUUACAUAUUUGAAAAACUAAGGCCAAGAAUUCUUCCAUCAGUUUAACCACUGUGCAUUAAGGGGGUGUGGGUGUUUAUUUUUCUAUUUUUGAAUGAAGGUAUUCUUUGUGGAUAAUCUUAAAAACAAGUAUGCAGCAAAGCUAAAAGUUGAUUUUGAAUGAUGCACAUUAUUUAUUUUUUUUUCUCCUUGCCGGUAUCAUUGCAUUUUUGGAUUUAAGAAAUAACACACUGGCAAAACAGUAAGAGGAGCCGCAUUCUUUAUAGGGGAAGUACAAUGAUUGUAUAUCACUUUUAAGUCUAGCACAUGCUAAAAAUGCCAAUAAUGCCUAAUUUGCUGGACUUAAAUUUGUAUGCUGUUUAUGUGCCUCUGUGCCAAAGCACACUAAGUAAACAGGGGAACUUUAGUAUGGACCAGGAAGGCAUGGGGAGGUAUUUUUAUGAGAAGAUUUUAAUUCUUUUACUAACACACAGAGGCAAAUAUCAUCAUUACAUGGUUGUUUUGAUUUAUUUUUUUCCCCUGUGCAUACAACACAUCAGUGAUUCAGAAUAACAGGCUGACAGCAUCUCACAUUAGUAUUAUUUUUUUAGCAACACAAGGCUCUUCUCAUAAAAGUAAUAAUUUAUAGUUUGAGGUUGAGUCAGUGGCAGUUCUUGAGAGAGUAGAUUUCUAUAGAUUUUUUUUUAAUUAAAAAGAAAUUUUGGUAUUUUCUUACAAAUGUCUGCUAAUUGUACAUUCCAAGUACCUAAAGCAUUAGGUUUCCCAUGAAAAUGUACAAAUUUGUGCAUGAUUUCAAAUGUUAUUAGAUAUUAUAAAUAUAUAUAUAAUUUAUUGAGGUUUUUACAAGAUGUAUCUGUAGACUUGUUGACUUUAACAUUUCUUAUACAAUGCUUAUAUAGUUUUAUAGCCUGGACUGUUUAUCUUCUAAAGCUUUUAAAAAAAAAAAAUUAAAAUUCCGAUUUUGUUACAUUUUAUACUGUUGAUGUUACAAUCCACAGAUUUGCAUAGUGUGAAAAAAAAUUUUUGUUGGUGAGCAACUUUAUUCAAUUUAUUUUAAUACUGUAUUUCUUUUCCUGACAGCUGCAACUGUCAAAGGUGUGAAAUGAACACUAAAUAAACCUAUUCUGCUUUUGUUAACAUGAAAAAAACGUUUUUACCCAAAAAUACAAAUAAAUGAGUUGUUGUAUUUGUUUUUCCAGUUUUAAUGGGCUUGUUCAACAAUAAAUCCUCUGUUUUCAA